AUGAUGCGUAGCCUAUUCAGCACUUUGGGGACGUUGUACAGUCGGAUGUGUAGGACAGCGCCACCUGGCGGAGGGUGUCAUUACGUCUCUGUAUUUUCUUCUCUUCUCAUUCCGCUCCUUCCAAUGAUAGAGCAAGAAUGCGGUCAGUGAGAUCGUGUGCCUUCGCGGGGCUGCAGCGGGUCACCGGCGACUCAAAUGGCCUUUAAGAAAAAGACGCGUCGACAUCUGAGUGUGUUUUAAGGAGAGAUAUGAUGAUGAUGACGACGACGAGCCCGGGGGCGCGCGACACAGCACGCGCUUUACCGCAGUGGAUGCGCAUGUAUUUCUACGGGAUGCACGGAGUCACACUGGACAUCCUUCUGUCCUCCGCGCGCCACUUUCUGGACGAACACGACCUCACACUGCUGGGUUUCUCCUCUCCGUACCUGUGCAUCGCGCACUCCGUCACGCAUCUGCUCCUGGAGAAGAUCUACCAGCAGAAGAGAUGCUUCCACGGGCGCCCGGUCGUUUUCCACCUCGUCUUCUACCCGUCGCUAUACAUCUGCCUGCAGAUUUUAAUCGGGAAUCUGGUGACCUGCACGGAGAACAUCAGAGUGGUGUCGCUCACGCAGCUCGUGGUGCAUUACAUGCUCGCGUUAUACUUCUCAAACAUCUUUCAUAAAGGCGUGUUGCACCUGCAGUAUCAGGAGAACGGGGUGCGCGCGAGCGGGUUACCCGGACUCCUGCGCUUCGUGUUCUUCGGGAUGCACGGCUUUCUGGAUGAGGUGGUCUUCACUUCUGUGUUUAAUCUGUUCGAGAAAGAGGACCGGACCUUGAAGGGUCACACGUCCCUGUGGUCCUUCUUCAUGUAUGGAAGCUGCAGCUUCGUGGUGGAGAAGCUUUACCUGCACCUGCACUUCAGGAGAGGAUGGAGAACCUGGCGGAGGCUUCCCAUCUACAUCUGCUUCAUCUACGCCUGGGAGUUCAGCUGGGGCUUCGCUCUCAGGCUCUUCGGCGCAUGUUCCUGGGAUUAUUCCCAUUAUCCCCUUAAUUUCAUGGGACUGGUGACCUUGCUGUAUCUUCCUGGAUGGGUUUGUCUGAGUCUGUAUCAAGACGUCUUGUCUAAUAUUCUGAUGAGGGUUGUGUGUGGUGAUGACGAGGACAGAUUGCAUGAUGUUGGACUAGGGAAAAAAGGCAUUUGAAUGUUUGAUGUUUGAGAACUUUUUUAUUACUAAUAAUAUACAGUCAACAUUUGAAGUGGAUCAAAAAAGCUCAUGAAAAGUACGGGAACGGGAAUAAGUUUUGAUCUAAAUGUUGACUACUAUAGGGGAGGCCAGGCUAUAGCUGUUAUUCUAGUGAUUAACUAGUUUUGAGAGUCAGUUUCUGUAUAGACACACACCAUAAAGCUAUUCUUUUAAACGGGGCAUGUUGUCACACUGCAUGGGGUGUGAACCUGACUUCUAGGCAAUCAAUUUAAAUAGUCAAAUAAUUGAAAAAAAAAUCAUGAAACCAUAAAAAUGAGUAAGCUAACAGACAUAUAUAAUUAAAUAUGCUAUAUAUAGUAUAUUAUUAAUUUUAUAGUCAUUAUAAUUGUUAUAAAUUAAU